AUGGUAGAUGUCACCGACGCACCGAAAAAUCUGGAUGCUGAAAGAUCUCCCCUAUCACCCCCCAGCAAUCUCGAAGCAAUCGACUUAUCCGACAAGAUUCUCUCACCAAUAUCCAAUAUUUUAAACGACAGAAACAUGCAGCGUUCUCACUUUCCCGGGACUUGUCCUGCUAUUCGAAGAAGCGAGUCGUCAAAAAUUGCAGAGAAUACCCUAAACUCCGCGGGAGAACUAUCACUUCCUCGUCUCAAAAAAGAAUUCCACCCCCUCGAGAAAAACAAAAACAGAUCAUCCAAAUCAUCUCCACCGUCUCCAAACCUCUCUUCCCACAAUAUCAAUUCCACAGCUCCAAGCUUUGCAGAAAAAAAAUCUGACUCUGUGUCUCAAACUCCUAGCGAACAUAGUUCCGGCUCCGACGCAGCUUUCUAUUGUAAUGUCGGUAGUCUGAGUGAGGAUGAAGAAGAUGGAUUGAAUAAUUCUUUAGAUCGGAGGGCAGAGAUAGGGGGAGAGGGAGAGCCUGGGCUAGCGAAAAGAACUUUACAGGAAACUGUGCCUACCUCUGGGACUGGGAUUGCUACUGAUGGUGGAGGUAAGAGAGAAGAGGAUGAUGAUGACGACGAUGAAGAAGAGGAUGAGGAAGAGUCAAGCGGUACUCAUAAGAAGAACGAUAAAAGGAGGAAAUCGAAGAAAAGAUAUACAUUUUUGAAGCGAAUCUUUGGUCGGAAGAAAGCCAGGGAUAGUGAUGGGGGUGCUGCGGGAAGUAGUUGA